CAUCACUGAGACUGUUGCGGUCCUCCUGGGGGACAUUUAGUGGAGUCGACGGAAGCGUAAGGAGCCGCAAUCUGCCCUGUCCCUCUUCGCGUUUCUGUGGAAGACAGGAAUUAAUCUUUGAAGCCACGGAACUUCAAUUAGACGCGAGAGAAUAUCUGAAGUUAAAGAAAUUAAAAAUGUACCCUUCAUAUUGUCCUGACGAGUAAGUUUUUUUCCCUCUCUCAACGCGUAAUGUGGAAACAAUCGGGCGUAAAGGAGUGAUCACCGUAAAGGUUUUGAAUGAGCUGACAGCAUUGCCUUCGGUGCGCCCAAAUAUUGCUCCGUUUCGUGAAGUAGCCUAGACAUUUGAAAAAGAGUUUGAUGGAGAUCUGGUCGGAUGACAGCUGGAACUGUUGUCAUAACUGGAGGAAUUCUCGCAACAGUGAUACUCUUGUGUAUCAUUGUAGUGCUCUGCUACUGUCGUCUCCAGUAUUACUGCUGUAAAAAGAAUGAGUCCGAAGGUGAUGCUGCCUCCGUCACCCCAUCACAACAUGCUUGCAAUGAGUGCAGUGCUCCCGGGCUGGAUGGAAGUGCCACCUCCCCUCUGUCUCUGUCCCCAGAGCCGGCACCCUCGCGCAGCUACUGCCCCUCCUGCUCCCCCUACCGCUCACCUUUCUACGUCCGCUCCACAGAGGAGACGCACAACGGCGGUGAGCGCAUCACCUACAUGCCCACCCACUUUGAAAAUCCCUCGCUGUCGCUGCCGCUUCCCAAGAUGCAUGGUGCCCCGCUGAGCUCUCGCAACGCAUCAGACUUCUAUACCAACAGGCGGGCGAUCAGCACCGAUGUCUGAUUCCACGGUCCAGUCCUGGUGUGGUCCACCAUGCCCCUGUGAUUGGCCCAUGUUCACCCCUCUGCAUUCUAACCUGACAUCUCAGGGAAAACAGAGGACAGGGACAGAAAUAAACGAAGAGAGAACAUAUGAGAAGCCUGUAGCCACUGUGCUACACACACUCUUUUUCACUGGAUCCAAAUGCUACUACUUCUAAUACAUAAACUCAGAUAAUCUGUUCUCUAUGUUUCAUUUCAUAGUCCUUGUUGAUUAUACAUAUUUGAGAUCCUGCAGAGAAAGUUAGCCAACAUACAGCUUACAUCCACUUCAGGAGUGUCUUAGGGCUGUAAAAUCAGCUGGCAUUUCCUCUGUGGCCAGUUGUGGGCCUCCUUCUCUAAUGGCUUUGAGGGCUAUCUCUGUAAUGGUUUCACCUGUGCCCACUAGUUUACCCCCCCCCCCUCCAUUUCAAACAGCCACUAAAUAAAUAAGUGUCUCCAUCGUGUGUAAUCAGCAACAUAAAUGACAAACAUGUAUUUUUUACGCACUGAAUCAUUGAGGAGGAUGAGAACAAUCAACACUUGUUUUAGUCUUCAAAGAGUAGAGUGUGAUUAAAUAUAUUUUCAGAGCUUUCUCUAUGCAAGUUCGACGUUUUACUCAUAACAAGAAAAGAAAGGGAGGCCAAACAAUGCUGCCGUCAGUCUGGCAGUUUAUUUUCUCCAUGGAAGUUAGUAAUGCACAUAUUACACAUGCAAAAAGCUGUAGAGAGAGAAGUACAGAAUUGUACAGUAUAUGAAUGAGUUGUUUAUUGUAGCUACUGUAGGUCUAAUUGGCCUAGGUGUUUUUGAAGUGGAGCGUCAUAUCAGCAGCAUUCACUACCAGGGAGACUCUUCACUCCCCAGAAGUGGCCUGUGUGUUCCUGCACCUCCAGCUCGAUUUGAUACUUUUCAAGUGGGAAGAGUUAAUGCUGAUAAAGGAAUGAUAUAUAUUAACUGUGUUUAUAUUUGCCAAGGUUAUUGCAAAACUGUGGAUGUGUAUUUAUUAUGAAAUGCAUCGAAUGAUUUCUAUGUCUUUGUCAAUUUACUUGGCUGACCUUUGAUCCAGCCAUAAUAUAUGUUGAGGUGGACCUCAGUGGGACUGAGAAAGGAGUGACAGCCGUGUGAACUUAUCUCUUUGUUGUUUAACAUGUUAAAAUGUAAUGUCUGAACACCACAUCUUGGUACCUAUUUAAACUUGUGAUGCACUUGAAAUACUUUUAUUGAUUUUUUUUGUUGAUGACAAAUCUUUGCUAAUGAUUUUAUGACAACUCCUGAAGUAAUACACAUAUUAAACAAUAUUGCUUGCCAGCUAUAGAGGAAUAUUUUCCUGUAAUGUCUUUCUAGUUUAAACUGUGAGUGAUUUUAAAAGAUGGAUUGAUUGAAACAGCAAGGCAAAAAAUAAAACAAACUUAUUACA